AUGUCCCUCGGGCUCUUCUUGGGGCACAUCCUGCCUCACAACCCAACCAUGUUGGCGGUGGGCCAUGCGGUGCAUGUUUUCGGGCUUAGGCUCUGGUCUUCGUGGACGCAAGGACACCAAACUUGCCGGCGAAAUUCUGGAGGAGGGCAGCGCGUUCGAGGUGGGCCUCGGCGCUGGCUAGCCGUUUCCACAUACGAAGAUACUUCGCGAAGAUCUCUGCAGCCAAGGUUAGGGUGGCGGUGCCGGCCGGCCGGCCGCCAUCCUGCGCGACAAUGUACUGCCCUUCGAUUACAGCACGAUCGUGCUAACGGUACCCGGACGAACAUUGCCCGAGAAUAUUCGCCAUUCGUGAGGACAGUGGUACGCUCUGAAGUCAAGCCAGAAUGCUGUCGCUACACUCAGCUACCAAACUGGAUGACUACAAGACAUUCAGCCCAAUCGCAAGAUUUCGCCGCCUCCUCCAACGUACACAUCGGCAUCAAAAAUGGCCUCUCCAACCACCAUGGCCACCGCACUAGGCUUGUCUAG